GUCUCCGCGACUGUUACUCUUACUGCUACUGUUAUUGCUGUUGUAUGGUUUUUGUAUUCUGUCAACUGCUAGGCGCCUGGACCAAACACAAAUUUUAGCUUUGAAAUCUACGUGUGCUAUCUGAGUUAUCUUGUUUACAAAAUUAUUAUUCAAAGCUGUAAGCGACAUUUUAUUCGUUCUAAAAUGUUUUGCAAAUUUGAAAAUUUGCGCGAAUUGUUUCGGAGUUUGAGGAAUUAAGUUUUAUUUAUUUACGAGAAUAGUGCUGAUGGAUUUAUUCGGAUUAUUAAAUCAACAAGUGAUAUGAUAGUUGGAGAAGAAAAUAAUUCGACAUUAAAAUUGGUUGUGUUAAUUUUUAUUUGAAAUGUUAAUGUGGCAAAAAUUGGCAAAAAAACUACAAAAAAAUUAAUAAUAAAAUUAUUUAAAAUAAUUUUAAUAUUUGAGAAGUGUGAUUUUAAAAGGAUCUAGAGGACAACGAAUUUUUAGAGAAGAUGAUUGGAGGAUGUUUUGGCAGUUUAUUAUUUAAAUUGGAAAAGUGAUUGCUUUUUAAAUAAUGGAUAUGAGGAACGUAUAAGAAGGGAAAAUUGUAAGGAUAAAUCUAUUUAACGUAGACAAAAUUAUGGUUGGAUUUUUCUGCGGGAAUUUUCGUCUGACUAGAAUGUAUCUUUUACUACUUAUCCUAGUACUUAUUCUCGGAGCUUGGACACCUUCAGGUAAUUGUGAAGCUGGUAUUGGUGUGACAAGUAAAAAAUACGUCAAGCUCAAAGCACCAAAAGUAGUAGACCCCAACGACCAAAAAAUAACACUAGAAUGUAGAUACGAUCUCGACGGUGAAGGAUUAUUCUCUGUAAACUGGUUCAAAGAUGGGAACGAAUUCUUUAGAUACAUGUCUCCAGUGAAUACAGCAUCAGGUGACUUACCAAGUGUUGAUGCUUUUGAUGUUCAUGGUAUUCGGGUUGACUUGAGUGCGAGCAAUGAUAAACGCGUUGUUAUUCAUCAAUACUAUGAAGGGAAAUGGGUCAAUAUAACUGGAUCAUACGGAUGUCAAGUAUCAGGAGAGGGACCAAAGUUCGACAUAAUGUAUGAUGAAGCUAAUGUUACAAUCGGUGUAUUGCAUGCUUAUGGUGAUCCUAUUCUCAAAGGCAUUAAGUCUCAUUAUAGUAUCGGUGAUACUCUAUCUGUUACUUGCAAAUCAGCACCAGUUUAUCCGCCAGCUCAAUUAACAUUUUUCAUCAAUGGUCGACAGGUAAAAAAAUCAUCAAAAUUCAAAUUACUUUCAAAUGUGACAACAAUACCAUAUUUAGAAGGGAGUACAUCUCUUUCAACGACAAACCUUCAAUUAUCAUUAAUACUUGAGCAUAAUGACUUUAAUGCUACAGGAAGCCUUAGUCUUGUUUGUCAAUCUCGUUUACCAGGAAUUACAAGUGUUAAACCUCGUGAGGCUAGAAUAAUCAUCUCUCUCCUUCAAGCAGCAUCAGCAGAAGCAGUCAGUAAUAAUGAGAAGCAACUCGUACAGUCGGAUGCUAUUGCACCAACUACCACAACGCUUUCUUCCUCUGCUUCUUCCCUGCUUCUAUCAACUGUCACAACUACAACCAUUUUCAUCACAAUUCCAGUCAUUCUGAUAUUCAAUUUUCCUUUAAUUAAUCUUUUUGAAACAUUUUUCGUUAAAAGCUUUCGGUUAUUGUAGUUAUUAUUAUUACUACUACUACUACAUCAUCUAAAUCAGUUAUUCUGUAAAUAAUGUAUAGUAUUAUAUUAAUGCAUUUUUAUUGAUAUUUUUUAUAUUUCAUUAAAUGUAUUUCAUAGAAAAAAAUUUUUUAGGCAGUUUUUCA